CAGCGCGAGAGCGAGCGGAGCUGUGACCGAGAUUGAGCAACCGCCGCUGCUUCCCGAUGGGCUCCAAACGAGCGCUGGUGAUCUUGGCCAAAGGCGCCGAAGAAAUGGAAACGGUCAUCCCCACGGAUCUGAUGCGCAGGGCAGGAAUUUCUGUGACGGUAGCGGGCCUGUCCGGAAAGGAGCCAGUGCAGUGCAGCCGUGAUGUGGUGAUUUGUCCCGAUACAAGUUUGGAAGAAGCCCGAAAAAAGGGGCCGUACGAUGUGGUGGUCCUGCCUGGAGGUAACCUGGGAGCUCAGAACUUGUCAGAGUCUCCCCUCGUGAAAGACAUCCUGAAGGAUCAGGACACCAAGAAGGGGCUCAUCGCAGCCAUUUGCGCAGGUCCCACGGCUCUCCUGGCGCAUGGAAUCGGCUUUGGAAGCAAGGUGACCACUCACCCCUUGGCCAAAGACAAGAUGAUGGACGGAGAUCACUACAAGUACUCGGAGAAUCGGGUGGAAAAAGAUGGACACAUCAUGACGAGCCGAGGACCGGGCACCAGUUUCGAAUUCGGCCUGGCGAUCGUGGAAACGCUGCUGGGGAAGGAAGUGGCCGCCCAGACGAAGGCACCCCUCGUCCUUAAGGACUAGAAGCAUGACACAGCCAGAAAGCCUCGCUGGUUUCGUUUUUACAACCAGGAAUUUAAUUUUUUUCUCCCGCACCACUUAGCGGGCGAAGGAACGGAGCGUGGCUGCCAACGACCCUUGUGGCAACUUCAUUCAUGCAAUAAAAGAGGAUUUGAAUGGA